UAUCAGAGAGGUGUCUGUACUUGCAUCAGCUGUCCGUGAUCCCAAAAGAUUUGUUUGUAAAUACGAUGAAUUACAAUGCCAAGCGCGUCAUGCGGCAAAAUUCGGUGUGCAUCGGUGCCAGUGACUUGGCGUCGCCCCCCAUAAUGAUUGGACCCGCUACGCCCUCUGCGCCCAGCACGCCGCAGCUGCAGACCCCGGAGGACAUCAAGCCCAUUCACGUGCAGCGCCAGGUCAUUCUACUGCAGAGUGGAAGCAUACCAACGAAUCCAGCCCAGCAGCAUGUGAACAUACCCCCACAGAGUGGGGCAAGUGGCUCCGCUGGCGCUAACGCGACCAAUGUGCAGAUUGCAGACGACGCGCCUGUUUCGCUGUUGACGGAGAUCGCCGACAUCAUGCGCAGCUUCGGGGACAGCGAUCAGCCGCGAACCGCCAGUGUCAAGCUGGUGGAGCAGAUCCUGCAGCAGCAGCUGCGCGGCAUCUUCAACGAGGCCUCCCUGGUGGCCAUGCGGCGCAAGCAGAAUCCGUGCCCCUCGCAGGCGGAUUUCGAGUUCCUAAUGCGUAACCAUCCGGUGAAGAUUGCACGCAUGCGAAAGCACCUGAAGGACAUGCGAAUUCUGAAGAAGUUCCUUAGCAUUCGCACAGGUCGGCCGCAGGACUUUAUGGACGACCUGGAGCAGCAGGAGGAGGACGAGGAGCUGGCUAUUGAUGUGCACGAGCUUCACGACGAGGAUCGCAUGCGACGCCUGUUCCGAGCCGAUCGCAUCUCACAGAUCCUCACGGGCCAGCAGUACCUGGAGUUUAACGAAGCGCGGAAGACCUCCUUCUACUGUCGCCACGGUGAGAAGAUCAAGAACAAGUUCCGGCGCUUCCUCGACCUACCCGCUGACCUGCGCAUCCCCACGCCUACCAUGAACAUCCUGGCCUAUUUGGCACACGAGACGAUUGCCGCCAUUGUCGACUACUCGAUUCUGACCCGUCUCAAUUCGGACAACCGCGCCACAGAGCCAUACAGCCGGGUUACCUCCGCCGGCGGCAGUCCAGCCAUGAUGCAUGUGUGCCCUGAGGUCACCCAGGGACGCGGAAUGGAGGUGGUCAAACCCAUUAGUGUCCCGGAGAUUCAUGAGGCCAUGCGCCGUUUCCGCCAAAUGAGCAGCCGCAAGAUUGGUCGAUAUCGGAACUCGUGUGACAUAGAUUUUAGGCGGAGUUUUUUAGCCAUUUAAAUUUUGUUCUUAAUUUUCGUGUAAGCCUAGUGUUACUUUCGGUUGGGACAAGGAUAUGCGCCAUUUAAUGUGUAAUUUGGUUAUAAAGUUUUUAAAGGGAACACAAUCUAAAACAAGCCUAUUAAUGAAGUAAGAAAGCCAAUUUGAAGAUCUUCUAAUUACACUAAUUAAUUUAGUUAGGUUUAAAAAAUAAUUUUUUGCAAAAAAAACCAUUUCAUAACCAUUACAAAUUAAAUUCAGUUUUAUUUAACAAAAAUAUUGUAACAAAAAUGUUAAAUAUGGAAUGUUUAUUUUAUUUUACCACCUAUUUUAUGUAUUAAGAAAUUCGUUUUAAAACCUUUAAAGUUGGCAUUAAAUAAAGUAAUUA